GUAAAAAAAACAAACAAACAAAAACUCAUUAUAGUUUGUACGGAAUAGACUUUUACUCAAUUUCAACCACUUCAAAACUUGUUUUGAAGAUUAUUGACAAUACUUUUGGUAUCAAGUAAAACAAUGAUUUAAUAUUCAUAACAUUUCAUUAUUAAUGUACCUGAGUAUCAAGAUCUUAAAGAAACAAUCUGUGUGAACUCAUUUGGAAACUAAUCUGCAUACUUAAUACCAGGACAAGGAUUUGAGUUUCCAUAGCAACUGCAGGAUAAAAAGUGUGCCAAUCACCUUGGUGACGGGAUGAUCUCAAUUUUUGUUUGGUUUGGUAUAUAAAUGUUGUCUGUGUUUUUAUCCUUUAGGUAAGAUGUCCAUGGAUAUUAUGCUGUAGCAAUUAGAAUACUUCGAAAACAAAAUGGAGAAAAUUUCACCAGUCAUAUGGCUGCUGGCAGCCGUUGUUAUAGUAACCAAAGCACAGGAUCAUGGAUCAAACAUUACUGCUGACAAUCCCGAUACUACUUUUGAAUUUUUCGAGUACUUCGAUCAGUUAACGCGAAAUCGUACAAUGUCUGCUGAUUCAGAAUUUGAAUUUUUCGAGUACCACGAUUCUGAUACCCCUGCUCCAAUGAUCACAUUUGCUCCCAAGAGUAUGAAAGUGGCAGAAAAUAUGAUCGUAAGCUUCUUCUGCAAAGCUUCCGGAUACCCGCCACCAGACUUCCAUUGGGAAAAAGACGGAAAGACGAUAAACACCCUUCAUAAGAAACGUUACCACAUCUUUAGUAUGCCACAUGGAACUGUUCUGCGUAUACAACCGGCAAAAGCAAAGAAAGACAACACAUAUUUUACAUGUGUUGCCGGGAACGAACAUGGAGAAGCUAGGGCAAACGCCACCUUAAAGAUUUAUGAAGUUGAAGUGAUAAGUCCGGGUGUGCUACAAUAUCUUGAUGAUCUACAGGGUUAUCCUAGAAUUACGCAGAAUCCCAGUUUAAAGAACGUAGAAAAGGAACAGACGGCAACCCUAGUGUGCUCGGCACGAGCGGAAAACAGGGAACAGCCUGCCAUCUAUUGGCUGAAGGAUAACCUCCCCUUAGAGACCGGAGACCCGAGAAUCAAAGUUGAUAGUGAUGGAACACUGUCCAUUGAGAGAACCCAGGAGAGAGACCAUGGAAAGUAUGAAUGUGUCGCUGAGAACAAUGUGGGCGUGGCUUACUCCUCCGCAGCUAUGCUUUAUGUCAAAAUACGAAGAGUUCCACCACACUUUUCUAUUGAACCACCGGAUGUUCUUGAAGUUGAACCAAACGCCAGUGUAACAAUAGACUGCGUUGCUGUGGGAUCUCCCAUGCCCGUCGUGAAGUGGCGGAAAGGAUACCAGGAAGUUAACAAAGACGAAGACCCGCCACACGGAAAAAAUGUCCUUAAUUUAACAGGCGUUCGAGAGUCUGCUAAUUACACAUGUAUAGCUCAAUCAGAAUUAGGAAAUAUAGAAAAAGAUGUACAAAUCAAAGUAAAAGCGUUGCCCAACCCUCCAGUGAAACUCACCGCCUCGGAAAUUACGCCCUCAUCUUUAAAGCUGUCAUGGAAGCCUGGAAACCAGGAUGAUAUUUCAUAUGUUGUGCAAUAUAAAGCUAAGAGCAGUCCAGGCGAUUUUAUUGAAAUCAAAUCUGUUAAGAAUACAGAAUAUAUGAUUGAAAAGAUGAACGCGUUUCAGCACUAUCAGCUGCGCGCUAUUGCCGUAACAAAAAGUGGGAGGAGCCCCCCAAGCGCAGUGAUAGAGGUUGUUACGGGCGAGCUAGUACUGCCGCCCGUGGAUCGUGUAACAUACACCUAUCCUCGACAUCAACUGGCGCCAGGAUCUGCCCCAAGAAAUGUGAGAGCCCGACCUCAUAGUCUUCAAACUAUACGCAUAGACUGGGAUGAGCCCGAGAUACCAAAUGGAAUUAUUCAGGGAUACAAAGUAUUUUAUACAACCAACCCAGACCUACCAAUUGUGCUAUGGAUGAACCAAGAGGUGGCAGGAGAGAACAAGAUGACUACUAUUAGUGGUUUGAUCCCCAACAGCACCUACACAAUAUGUGUGCUGGCCUUCUCAAGCAUGGGUCAAGGUCCAUUGUCCGUUCCGGUUCAAGUGAUGACUAGACAAGGAGUACCACUUCAACCGAGAAACUUGCGUGCAUCAGCAAGAGGUCCAAACGAGAUCGAAGUAACAUGGGACGCCCCUGAAGAUGUCAAACAAAUUAUAGACUACACACUCUACUACAAUGACUCACAAAAGCAUACGAACGGACAGGUGAAAAUACUGCCACCGACCACGAAGUACAUUCUGACGGAGCUCGUACCUGACACCAUAUAUCAUAUACAACUUGCUGCACGGAGUGGCAGAGGUCUUGGAGCGCGUACAAUUCUUGUGCAAGCCAAAACACCAGAAUUUACCCCCGCAGCACCACCGCAAGCAGUUAGCGGGCGCCCAGUAGGUCAUCAAACCAUCUUGGUCGAAUGGAGACCACCACCCGCUGAGCAGCAAAAUGGCAUUAUCCUAGGAUAUAGAGUGUUUUAUCUUAGGACAGAAGACGGUUUGUCUGAUAAUGAGGCAGACCACGUGGAAGUAACCAAACUUGAAGCCACAUUGGCCAAGCUGGAUAUAUGGACAGAAUAUAAGAUCUGGGUACUGGCUUUCACUGCAGCUGGUGACAGCCCGCAAUCCCCGCCUAUAUUUGUGAAAACCCAUGAGUCGGUUCCAAACGAGCCUAAACGUGUGCAAGUACAAGCUGUCAACUCCACGACUAUUUAUGUUGAAUGGCGACCUCCACGUUCGAAGGAGCGCAAUGGAAUGAUUCGGGGCUAUUACAUCUAUUAUAAUCAGGUAGAUGACAAUGAGCCUAUACCAGGCACGGAGAAAGUCGAAGACGUGAACGAUGGAAAUAAAAAUGAAGCGGUUAUAACCGGUUUACUGCCAGACACUCGGUACCAGGUGACCGUCGCUGGAUAUACGAGACGUGGUGAUGGUGUUAGAAGUCGCCCCAAAAUAAUUAGUACAAUGGGAGCAGUACCCUCGGCACCACGAAAACUGACAGCCCAGCUUGUCAAGAAUGAUCCUGCGUCCGCCCAGAUUACCUGGUGGAAGCCCGAGUUUCCCAAUGGAAACAUCAAGGGUUAUAAGUUGUACUGGGGACCUAAAGGACAGGUGUAUGAGCAGCUGAUUUUGAAGGAGAACAUACAUACAUGGUUUACCCCACCAUUAGAUCGUGGUGUACUGUAUGAGUUCCGUGUUCUUGCGAGGAACGAGAUAGACUAUGGAGAGCGGGCUGUGGCUGAACUUGUUACCCCUGAUGGAGUGCCCCAAGGAGCCCCUCAGAAUUUUUCUGCGGUAGGCCUCACCGAAACCUCUGUACGCCUUGCUUGGGACCUGCCCGCUAAUAAGUUAAGAAACGGGGAAAUUGUUUCAUACCAGCUCAUUUACUAUCAGUUAGCUGAUUCUAUAAACGUUGAAGAACAAAACAUAUCGGGCACUCAGUAUGAUGUGACUGGGCUUGAAAUGAAUACUGAUUAUGUGUUCCAAAUAAAGGCGUACACAGUUAAAGGUGCAGGUCCUUGGAGUCCACGGCUUCAGUAUCGAACAUUUGGAAAGCAACCCCCACCGCCUGAGAAGGUUCGUCUGUACCGAACUUCACCAACAACGAUAAUAGUACGCUGGGAGGAGCCAAAACGUAAUAAUAUUAUAGCUGCGUACCGGAUAUACUACUUCAAACAUGAACUGGAGGACAUGAGUGUAUGGGAUAAGAUCGUCACAGACGGACCGACUACCACGGCAUUGCUCACAGAUCUUGACCAACAUCAGUCAUACGCUGUCCGUGUUCAGUCCAAAUCUGUCAAUGACCGCUGGAGUAACUUGACCAAUGUCAUAGUAACAAAUUUUCUUCCUCUAGAGCGUGAUGACACUGUACAGAAUUAUCGUCCAAUGAGUGUAGGGUCUAGACAAGUAACAUUGUCAUGGGAAAAGCCCAGAAAAACAGAUGUCACACAAUAUGUUAUUGAAUAUCAAGGGCAAAAGACAUACCAUAACACAAAUGGUGUAGAGACCAGUGAAUCACCGAAGUCUAAGAAGGAAAUCCCCGGUACUCAGGAUAAUAUUGUGAUCAAAGAUCUGCAGCCCAGAAUGGUUUACAGUUUCAAUAUAACUGCCUAUUUCCAAGAUGGUAAUGCCGGCAAAACGCAGUUCUUGGAAUGCCAGACUAAGAUAGAAGCACCUGCAUUUGUAGCAACCCCAAAAAUAGUAAGUGUAGGUGGCGGAAGAAUGACUAUCGGUCUCCAGCCAGCCUCGGAAAUCAACGGACACCUUGCAUACUACGACCUUGCUGUUGUGCAGGAAGACUAUGCCAUAAAACGACCACAAGAUUUUACACUUCUUGAGCUGACGAGCGACACAAUGCCAGUGGAUCUUCAGGCCAGUAAACCUUACAUUGCUGCAAGGUUCGAUCCUCGUAGACUGCCAGGUCAUUUUGAGCUUGGUAACAAGAGGACCGAGGGUACCUUCCAUAACAGAUUGCUAGACUCAGACAGAAAAUACAGAGUAUUCCUUCGAGCUUACACUGUCACCGGGCUGUACAAAUCAAGCGAUUAUUCUGACAGUUUUACUGUAGUCAGUGUGCCGCAUGAGAAGCCUGUAGAUCCAAGAUACGCUGUUGUAGAGGAUAAUAAAGCUAAAGCAAAUAGUGAUCCUCAACAUAAGACUCCUAGUGACGAGCACCUAGUCACUAUAAUCAUAGUCUGUGCCUGUGCGGGAGUCGUACUUAUAGUGAUAGGCUGCGCUGUUUUCGCUCUUAUUAUGAGGAGAAAAACUACGAGAAAGGAGAAGGCUCCUGAACCAGCCAGUAAACUCAUUGUUGACAACAUUCCACCCCACCCCACUGAUCCCGUUGAGCUCCGGCGCCAGCACUACCAGACACCCGCUAUGAUAAGCCACCCACCGAUACCCAUCCACAUGCUUGCCGAACAUAUUGAAUCUUUAAAAUCGGCAGAUAAUUUGAAAUUCUCGCAAGAGUAUGAGUCGAUUGAACCAGGCCAGCAGUUCACAUGGGACAAUUCCAACCUGGAAUAUAACAAACCUAAAAAUAGAUAUGCUAAUGUGAUAGCAUAUGACCAUUCAAGAGUAAUCUUACAGCCAAUUGACAGUAUUUCGGGAAGUGACUACAUAAACGCAAAUUACAUGGAUGGAUAUAGAAAGCAGAAUGCUUAUAUUGCUACUCAAGGACCAUUACCGGAAACAUUCGGAGAUUUCUGGCGAAUGGUGUGGGAACAGCGCUGUGCUACGAUUGUAAUGAUGACCAAAUUAGAGGAGAGAUCUCGUAUAAAAUGUGACCAGUACUGGCCGGGACGUGGGGCAGAAACAUACGGACUGAUGCACGUCCUCCUGGUAGAUGUAGCAGAAUUAGCUACAUACACAAUUAGGACAUUUCAUAUCCAAAGAUAUGGUGUCCCUGAGAAACGUGAAGUCCGGCAAUUCCAGUUUACAGCAUGGCCGGAUCAUGGUGUACCAGACCAUCCUACUCCACUAUUGAUGUUUAUGAGGCGUGUUAAAGCCACAAAUCCACCGGAUGCUGGUCCUGUCAUCUGUCAUUGCAGUGCGGGUGUUGGAAGGACUGGUGCUUUCAUAGUUAUAGACGCAAUGCUCGAGAGAAUCAAGCACGAGAAAACCGUUGACAUUUACGGUCAUGUGACCUGUUUACGAGCCCAGAGAAAUUACAUGGUACAGACUGAAGAUCAGUAUAUAUUUAUCCACGAUGCACUGCUAGAGGCAGUCACCUGCGGAAACACAGAAGUUCCGGCAAGAAGUUUGUCACCACACAUACAAAAGCUGAUGCAACCGGAACCUGGAGAAACUGUUACCGGAAUGGAACUAGAAUUUAAGAGACUUGCCAACAUGAAGGCCAGCCCUAAUCGCUUUGUGAGUGCCAACUUACCAGUAAACAAAUUCAAAAAUAGACUAGUCAACAUUUUACCAUAUGAAUCUACUAGAGUUGCCCUACAACCAAUACGAGGAGUCGAUGGCUCGGACUACAUUAAUGCAAGUUUUAUUAAUGGUUACCGUUACCGAAGAGCUUAUGUUGCGACACAAGGACCACUGGCAGACACGACGGAAGAUUUCUGGAGAAUGUUAUGGGAACAUAACUCUACUAUUAUUGUCAUGCUGACCAAACUGAGAGAGAUGGGAAGAGAAAAGUGUCACCAGUACUGGCCAAGUGAGAGGUCGGCACGUUACCAGUAUUUCGUUGUGGACCCAAUGGCAGAGUACAAUAUGCCUCAAUAUAUAUUACGAGAGUUUAAGGUCACUGAUGCCAGAGAUGGUCAGUCUCGGACAAUACGCCAGUUCCAGUUCACUGACUGGCCGGAGCAAGGUGUACCUAAGUCUGGAGAGGGAUUCAUUGAUUUUAUUGGCCAAGUACAUAAAACAAAGGAGCAGUUUGGACAGGAGGGACCUAUAACUGUACACUGCAGUGCUGGUGUGGGCCGUACUGGAGUGUUUAUAACAUUGAGUAUUGUUUUGGAGCGUAUGAGAUACGAAGGCGUAGUUGACAUGUUCCAGACAGUGAAAAUGCUCAGAACACAGAGACCUGCCAUGGUGCAGACAGAGGACCAAUACCAGUUUUGCUACAGAGCUGCCCUGGAAUAUUUGGGCUCAUUUGACCACUAUGCAAACUGACUGGCGGCCAUGCAGGAGCGUCAUGCGGCCCUCAAAUCGCACUUUGACGUAGGAAACGGCACUAGUACAACAUCACUUGUUCGUAGAAGUAAUACCAAAUCACAGACCAGAAAUAGUGAAGUGGCAUUAUAAACUGAUGUGAAUGUUGUCAUGUGCUGACUUAUGAGCAUAAUGUAUAAUCAAAUAUGCUCAGUUUACAUGCGUGUUUUUUUUUCUCUUCUUCUUCUUCAUAUACAUUAAGUGAAAAUAUGUGUAAUUAUGCCAAACCAUGGACAACUGUAUCUUGAUAUAUAUGAUACAAACCAUUCAAGAUUUGAGGCUGCCAUUUUUGAAGUAGCAUUAUGGGAAAUCCUGGUGAAGUCUGGGUAGUUUUCCCUUAUAUGCUUGAUCUUGUAUACCAAAGUCAUUGGGCAUGGUGCUCCGCAAAAAACCACGAUAACAACAGACAAAAUAAAAAAACAACCAAGAAUAAGAAACUAUAUACUGUUUACAGUGUAUAUAUAUGUGUAAAACACAAUAUAUACUCUGAUUUAUGUAGACAUUUUAGAAUUUCUGUGUUCAUCACAAUCUGCCAAUAGUAGAGACUUACAGAGUAAGCUUAAAUUGUGCUAUAUAACAGACAUAAGAUAACUUGUUCAUGGAAGUUUGAUGUUCAUAAUGAUAGAAAUUCCACAUAAAAACUGUUCAGAAGUGAACAAAUGGUGCACGUUGGUCAAGUAUUUCCAAGUUUGUACUGCAUAUAUAUACGUGAUGAAAGCAUCAUAACAUAGCGGAAUGUAUGAAAAUGACGACCUUUUUUUUCAAGGUCAAAGUUUUAUCGCAUUUAGACGGUUAUGUGUUGCUUUAUUAUAUUUUUUCUCUUGUAAUGCUGUAUUUUAAACUAUGUACAUUGAUUGAUGAUAUGGUAAUGAAUUUUAUACGGAUUUUCAUGAUGAACGAGCAGAGAUAACCCUGCUAGACAUGUGGAUAUUUUACAAAAAAAUGUAUAUGAAAAUUUUACAAUUCUCACCAGAAGGAAAGAUAACCACCGAUGUUUAUAAUUGGAUCAGUAUAUACAUAUUAUACAUACAUAUAUAUAUGUAUUUAAAGUUUUUGUCAAUUUAGUAGAAUGAAUGUUGGAUAUAAUAUUGUGUAUGGAUUUUUCAUGAAAUGGAUGUUUUAGAGUAGGAUUCUUAAGUAUUUUAUAUCCAUUUCUUAUAAAAUGUGCAAUAUUCAUAUUCAGAAACUGUCAUGACCAACAGGAAGCCUACUGUUUGAUAAAGUGUACUA